GAUUUCCCCCUUACCAAAGAGAGACAAGUCCUGAGCCUGGCCCCACAUCCGGGCACCAGGACCUCCAGUCCAAUGGUGUCUUCUUCCUCCCAGCCACACGGUUCACUUUGCCCUAAAGCACUAAGGGCUGAACUGGAAGCAGCUGAAAGUCCAAGCAAAUCCUGGUGUGUGACCAGGCAGUCACAAGGGACACUGAGGACCAUCCUGAGAUGAGACUCUCAUAAGUCCCCAAAGCCAGGCAAGGCCUGUAAUCAACAUCAGCUUCCCCCUGUCACCAGCGCCCGGACCAGCUCAGGAAUUGGGAGCCAGCUUCUCAGGCCUGCAGCCUCGGUUUCUCUGGAGAAAAACCCAUGGGAGACUGGUUCAAGGCUGUUACAAGCCUUAACCCUCAGCCAUCAUCCCCCACAGACCAUGUUGAAGAUCUCAUUACUUGCAAAGGACAACAACAGCAAGCCCAAAUCCUUGGAUGAAGGGGCCAAGUCACUCUCAGAAAGUAAUGGUGUCACUUCAGAGAGGAUCCAUCUCGCAGAGGAAGCCAAUGGAUUGUCGAUGAUGCAAACCUUGAUUCAUUUACUGAAAUGCAACAUUGGCACAGGGCUCCUGGGACUUCCUCUAGCCAUGAAAAAUGCCGGCUUAUUGGUCGGUCCUUUCAGCCUGCUGGCCAUCGGGAUCCUCACCGUGCAUUGCAUGGUCAUCCUGCUGAAUUGUGCUCAACACCUAAGUCAGAGGCUGCAGAAGACUUUUGUGAACUAUGGAGAAGCCAUGAUGUACAGCCUUGAAACCUGCCCAAACGCCUGGCUGAGAACACACUCAGUGUGGGGAAGGUACACUGUCAGCUUCUUAUUAAUCAUCACCCAGCUGGGCUUCUGCAGUGUUUAUUUUAUGUUUAUGGCAGACAAUUUACAACAGAUGGUGGAAGAAGUCCACGUGACCUCCAAAACCUGCGAACCCAGGAAGAUCCUGGUGCUGACCCCCAGUGUGGACAUUCGCUUCUACAUGCUGACAAUUCUGCCCUUCCUGAUCCUGCUGGUGUUUAUCCAGAACCUCAGGGUGCUGUCCAUCUUCUCCACGCUGGCCAACAUCACCACCCUGGGGAGCAUGGCUCUGAUCUUUCAGUAUAUCAUGCAGGAGAUUCCAGAUCCCAGGAACCUACCAUUGAUGGCAAGCUGGAAGACCUUCUUACUGUUCUUCGGUACAGCCAUCUUCACAUUUGAAGGCGUCGGCAUGGUUCUACCUCUCAAAAACCAGAUGAAGCAUCCACAGCAGUUUUCCUUUGUUCUGUACUGGGGGAUGUCCCUUGUCAUCGUCCUCUACAUCUGCCUGGGGACACUGGGCUACAUGAAGUUUGGCUCAAACACCCAGGCCAGCAUCACCCUCAACUUGCCCAAUUGCUGGUUGUACCAGUCAGUCAAGCUGAUGUACUCCAUCGGCAUCUUCUUCACCUAUGCCCUCCAGUUCCACGUCCCAGCUGAGAUCAUCAUCCCCUUCGUGAUCUCCCAGGUGUCAGAGAGCUGGGCGCUGUUUGCAGACCUGUCUGUCCGCACAGCCUUGGUCUGUCUGACCUGUGUCUCAGCCAUCCUCAUCCCCCGCCUGGACCUGGUCAUCUCCCUGGUGGGCUCCGUGAGCAGCAGUGCCCUGGCCCUCAUCAUCCCUCCCUUCCUGGAGCUCAUCACCUUUUACCCUGAAGACAUGAACUGUACCACCAUUGUGAAGGACAUCAUGAUCAGCAUCCUGGGCCUUUUGGGCAAUGGUCAGAUGUCAAGAACAACCUCUUGGAGAUGUGAAGUAGCUAUGGCAUCAUGAAGGAAGAGGAGGUAGGGAGGACCAUCCUAUCAAGAUGUAAGAAAGCUAUUAAUAUAUGCCAAUAAUAAAAUCUUUGCUCUUUGGGGACCCAGACCAUGAGCCUAGAGCAGGUAAGGCUUUAUGGCAUAUAUAUAAGCCUUACUAUAGAAUAUAGAACAAUAAAAUGCAAAUAUGACAGUGGUUUAUAACUUUUGGAGGGGUCAUACACAUUGUUGAAGCUAAUGAAGGCCAUGGAUCCCCCUUCCAUACAACUCACCUAUAUACAUAGUAAAUUUUGCAUGCAACUUUACGAGCAAUUGCAAACCCCAUGAAACUAAUAGACUCUGGGUUGCAAAAGAACCUUUGGAAAAAUGAAUGCAAGAAUUUCUGCUCCUUGUAGCACUGAACAGUCUGCAGAUGGUGGGUAGCCAACCCUGGCAGUAAGGUUUGAGUGCAGAAUAGAAUGAUAUGCAAACUCAGAUUAGGGAAGUAAGUUACCAGAUAACGAGACUCAGGCCACCAUAUGACUGGUACAGAGCAGUUUCUGGUUGCAGCCAGCACUCUGAGAUCACUGUUAGGACCCAAAUUGGCCUUUCCAAUUUCAGCAAUGUGUAGUGAAUUUUCUGCUGCCAUGUGCUUCCUUGGCAAAAACUGGGACCUGGUCGUUGGAACAGAGAUAUUUGGGAGGAUACAGAGGCUAUAGGAGGAUUUCUGAUCCCCAGAACCUUCAGAAUCAUUUUCCACUGCAUUUCUUGUCUCCAAGAACGUGAUUCAUCUUAACAUGACUGAGAUGGACUAUGGUUGGGGCUUUGAGGGGAAUGUUACACAGAACCAUUUUAAGGAAAAGCUGAAUUUGGAUCUUCAACAAGCCCAUUGACAGAAAGAAAGACUAAUGAGAGGGUUGAGAUGGCUAUAGAACACAGAUUGAGAUUGCUAAGCAAGAUGAGUCCUGCAUGGGGGUGACAGUGGAAGCUGUCCAUCAGAAACUGAAGCAUCAAGAGUUGGCUCCCAAGUCAACACAAGUGACAUGAGUGAUUUAUAAGCCACUGUGACCCCAGGAAUGAAACUGACAGGCAACACUCUAAGGAGUCACAAGAUUUGUUACUAGCAGACAGCAUCCAGACACAGUGCCUAACUCAAACUCACAUAGGAUCCCCUCAAGCAAUUCCCUGGUCUAAGAUUAAAGGUUAAAAAAAAAGCCUGGGCAGUGGGGAGAGCAGAACCUCUGACAUGCUUAUACCUCUUGGAAGUGAAAUUACAGUGCUAUGACCCUCUUAAGGAAAAAUAUUUAAGUGGACCAUAACUUUAAAAGUUGGACUUGCUGGUCAGGGAGACUCAAACGUGAACCACAGGCCCUGUGAUCUGCUCUUCCCCUACCUCUCUCGCUUCUUCUGGCACCUUUUCCCUCCAGCUGCACCCACCUCUGUCCAGUCUCCAGAAAGCAGCUUCACCUUGCUGCAGGGCCUAUACAUAUACUGUUUCCUCCACUUAGAACUCUUUCCUCCUGUCUGUCUCUACCUGCUUAACUUCUACUCAUUUGUCAGAUCUGUUAUCACUUCCUCAGGAAAACCCUCCCUGACUUCACCCACUGACCCAGACUCUGCAAGCCCUGAUAAGCUUCUAUCUUGUAACACUUCUCAGUUGUCAUGGAGAAACUUCUGCAAUAUAUUUUUACAACUUUUUAUCUUAUUGUUGUUACUGUUGUUCAGUCAC